CCUUUCGUGUUUUAUGGCAAUUAAUGAUCGUGUGUUGCGAAUUCAAGUAUUUCCUUACACAAAAUGACCUCGAUACGUAUCGCAAGUACUAAUAAGUAAGUAUCGUGGCGACGGACAACGAGUUGUCGAGUAGGCUGAGCUUUCCGCAACAAUGACCACGGCUUGCAGAGAUGGCGAGCGAUGUUGUUGUUCAAGGCACACUCAGUUUUCUCGUUUCUCGUUCGAUUUUAAAACAGCCGCGCACACACACAGGUGUUAUUUGAUCGGCAGUGAAGAAGUUGAUCUCGUGGAGGCAGAGAGAGACCAGAGAGCAAGUCGAAGGAUCGCAUCAUCAGUUAUUUGGUGACCUUUUGCCAGGUGACUUGUGUAUAUACGCUAUUAUAUUUGCACUGCGAGCGCUGUGUGCUCGUUUACAAUCGCAACAACAUCAAGUGGUAAUGUGAAACAAUCGCUCUGUGUUUGUGUCUGUGUAGUGUGUGUCGAUUCGCGCUUGUUAUUAUUAUUGCCACAGUACCGUUCCCAGCUAAUGCGAUUACUGAUUAACCGAUGGUCCAUGUGUAACAGGAAAUAAUAUACUAACCCACUACCGCUGGUACAGAGGUGACACUGGUCGAAACCAGACCUUUUUUCAACCCGGAAUUCGAUCAACAAAAAUGGACCUUUCUUCUAAAAUUUACGUUUUGCUACUAUCACUUCUAGUGUCGUUAAAACAAUGCCAUUCCGAAAGGGAACACAAGGUCCACAAUAUCGUUUUGUAUCCCGAUCGACAUUCCUGGUGUCAAACGACAGCCAUCAAACAAAUUGUUGCGUCACCAGGAUACGAACCCGUAACUAUAGAUAACAAUGUGUGUGUGGGGGCCUGUUACAGCUACAGCAUCCCCCGCACACAACCAGCUGAACCUGGGGAACUUAUAGGACCCUACUGUGACAGUUGCAAACCCGCCGACAGUCGCUGUUAUCAUGUGACCCUCCACGACGACAAAAACUCCUCAAAAACAAUACAAAAACGAGUCCAAAUAAUCACCAACUGUUCGUGUUCCUCGUGUGACAGAACUGAAGCAAAAGAUUGUGAAAUUUCUGACGAAAACACGUCGGAAUUACCGUCAGACCUCUUUGCCCUCUUGCACCCUAACACCUCCACUGAAGAUCAAUCGAAAUAUCCGUUGCCAGAGCUUCCGGAAUUGCUCCACAUGAGUCCCUCUGAAGACGAGAAUCAUUCUGCCAUCGACAUCUCCGACAUAACGCCAGAGAAAAGGUUCGAAAUCAACGCAAAAAUCAUGACCAUCUUGAAGGCGAUCCAAAGUGGAGACGAUGACUCCCAAAAACUCGAAUACGACAAAGAUCAACUGAAAGAACUCCUUCAGAUAGUCGAAGGAACGCAACACAGACUGGACGAUAAAAAUCUCGUCGAGUUCAUGAACUUUGUCAAAGUGCACAACGAAGAAGAUCUCCAACUGGACUUCAGCAAACUGAACGAAGUGGUGGAGAUAUUCAAGAAGAGCGAAAAUCUGGCCGCCAAGCACAGAAACUUCGGCUUAGGCCUGAAGAUCCCUAACGUCAACCAAGAUUCCCAAAAGAACAACGAGGAUAUAGAACGGGACUUUGAAACAUUCAACAGGAAAAUGGGCGGCAAUCUCAACAAGAAUUUCGGCAUCGAAGGGUCCCAUUAUGGGAUGAAUCCUCAUUACAAGGGAAGCCAUGUGGGCAUGGGUCUUCAUCCCAGGGUGGGUGGCAUAUCCACGAACCUUCUCGAAGACCCAAAAGACGCAAAAAAAUUGGACGAUGCCAAAAAACAUCACCAUCAUCACGCUGGUGAAGAACAACAUCUUGGGGUCGACAGGGGACAUCUGGUAAUAGGCCCCCACGGGAGCUUGGCAUUCUCCCCAGAUGCAAAUAUUGAAGAGAAACUCAAUCUGGAAACCCAUCUGGUCAAGCCCAACCACGAGGGCACAGAGAUCGAAUACGAGAACCAUCCGAAAAGGCGCAAAAGACGUGUCAAGUGAGUACCUGUCAAUUAACAUUAACAUAUAAUGUUGUAGUGAGUGUGUGAGAUUUGAAAUGUUAAAGGGGAGUCUUGUGAUUGAUCUGGAGCAGUUUUAUACGUAAUAUAUUUUUUUUUUAAUUGAGUUUUUUUGUGGAUUUAGUGUUGUACUUACAUAUACUUGUACAUAGACAGCUAACAUAUUUAUAAUUUUUAUUUUUUCUCUUGUUAUUUUUUCGUUUUGUACAAAUGUCAUGCAGCUUUCAACUGAUGUUUAAUUUUUGAAAAUUUUCGUCUCUUAACCAGUGUCCCAUUGGCGUUUUCUGAAAUUUUCGAGGCUGUGUGCGACGUUUUAGUCAAAAGUUGUUGUUUUAUCUUUUAUCCUUGUUAUUUUAUAACUAUAAUAGUCUAAUAGGAUUUCAUAGGUUUUAUAUUCUUUCACGAAAUAAACAAUUAAUCGAA